AUGUUGAUUGGGGUCUCGGGAACCAUCUUUUCUGGUAAACAGGAAAUCGUCAGGUACCUCAGCUACCAAGGUUUUAGCUACGUCUCGCUUGAUGAUCCAAAUAAUAAGAAUUUCAGCUCUUUACCCCCAGGGAUCAAACAGAAACCAUCGCCUUCGGAUAUUUUCCCAGAAGUCACAUUCCAUUCUGUCUCAGAAUUGUUGGAAUAUGUCACCAAAAACUGGGAGGAAAACAUCGUGGUGAUGCCUGUUAAUAACUACAGCGUGGUAGAAGAAUUAAGCGUACGGCCAUUCUUUUUGCAUUUGAUCGUUGACGGCUCAUCCAAGAUUAGAUACCAAAGAUUCAAAAAGAAAUGCUCCAAGAUAGAAAUCUCCCCUGAAUCAUCAUCAAUCACUCUUUGUGAAACUAACAACACCGAGUACCCUCCAUUAAGCUUUGAAGAUUUUGUGGAACUCUCCGAGCAAAACAUCAAUUUUUUUGCCCAAUCGCAUAGCACCACCACUUAUACCCCAACCGUCAAAGUCAUAAAUAAUACCACUACUGUCAAAGACCUUUAUGUCCAACUUUCCCUGCUCAAUAUCUUCGAUCCAUUACGUCUUAGACCUAAUUGGGACACAUAUUUCAUGAAAUUGGCAAAUUUGGCAGCCCUCAGAUCAAAUUGUAUGAAACGCAGGGUUGGUUGCGUUAUUGUCAAAGACAACCGUGUCAUUGCCACCGGUUAUAACGGAACCCCUCGUCAUUUAAAGAACUGUAACCAAGGAGGUUGCAAACGCUGUAAUAAUACCAGCAGCGGAGGUGAAGCGUUGUCGACAUGCCUAUGUUUACAUGCUGAAGAGAAUGCGUUGCUAGAAAGUGGAAGAGAUCGCGUCACUAGUGAUCAUGGCAGCAAAUGCAUUUUGUAUUGCAAUACGUGUCCCUGUUUGACUUGUUCAAUUAAAAUCAUCCAGUGUGGGAUCAGUGAAGUCGUAUACUCACAAAGUUAUAGUAUGGACAGCUCAUCCAAAAAGAUUCUUAAUGAAGCCGGAAUCGGACUUAGACAGUUCUCCCCUCCUAAGGAUGUUAUAACUACUUGA